CGGACCGGAUGUGGAAGCGGUUACCACGCUACCAUGGCGGAGCGAGUCCAGCGGCAGCUGGAGGAGCGGAUCCCGGAGCUGGAACAGUUGGAGCGGGCCGGGUUGCUGGAGGAGGCGGAGAGGAGAGCGGUGUUCAGGAAGGUUACUGUGCUGGAACACAAGGUGCAUCGGAGAGUGCUGAGGAAGGAGAACUUUAUCAACUACAUCCAGUAUGAAAUACACUUUCUUGAAUUGCUGAAGAGACGGCGAACGCGAACUGGCUACCACUUUAAGAAGGAGGAGAUUGAAUAUGCCAUCGUGAAUAGGGUGCAUGGAUUGUUCCAGCGAGCUUUGACCAAGUGGAAGGGGGAUGUCCAAUUAUGGCUUUCUCACGUCGCCUUCUGCAAGAAAUGGAAUGCCAAGGUGAAAUUAAGCAAGGUGUUUUCUGCGAUGUUGGCCAUUCAUUCUGACAAGCCAGCACUGUGGAUCAUGGCAGCCAAGUGGGAAAUGGAGGAUCGGUUGUCCUCAGAGAAUGCAAGGCGUUUGUUUUUGCGCGCUCUCCGGUUUCACCCAGAAUCUCAGAAAUUGUAUCAGGAGUAUUUCCGGAUGGAACUGAUGCAUGCCGAGAAAAUCCGGAAGGAGAAGGAGGUCCUGGAGACGGCAAAGCUGGAGCUGGAUGAGACGACGGCUCCUGAGGAGAUCAUCGGGGGAGAACUGGCACGCAUUGUGUACAGGAAUGCCAUUCAGAAAGUGGCUGGGAGUGUGGAGUUCCACCUGUCCUUCUGGAAUAUUGCUGCUCUCUUCCACUUCACCCAUGACCUGCAGGAGGAGAUUCUCACAGACCUGCAGACUCUGCACCCACAGCAGGCACUGACCUGGGACUUUGUGGCCCGGAGAGAGCUGGGGCUGGGAGCUGCACAAGCUACAGAAGCCCCAGCACAGCAGAAGCAGAAGUCUGGCAGUGCUCAGGAGAUGGCGCGCCAGGAACAGCGCUGCUACGCCGUCUACGAUCAGGCCGUGGUGUCUGUACCAACGGAUGACAUGUGGAAAUGUUACAUCACCUUCUGCCUGGAGCGAUUCCGACGGAAAACCAACAAGCUGUCCCUGCGAGAGAAGAGACUGCAGCAGCUGCUGUCCGUGUUUGACAGAGCAAAGGAGGCGUCUCUGCUACCCAGGGACCUUUACAAACAAUGGCUUCGGUUGCUGGUGGACUCCGGAAACGGGGAGAAGGCUGUGCAAGUGAUUGAUUCUGCAUGCAGAGGAUUUGGGAACUCCCUGGAGAUGUGGCAGAGCAGCCUGGAAGUUCUUCUGCAGCUACAGAGUCCUGGUGUUGGGCACCUCUUCCAGGAGGCUUUCCGGGAAGUGCCCCCCUCAGACAGUUUACCACUCUGGCUUCUGUACCUGAGGUGGAGCGAGUCUACAAGCGGUGUCAACGAGACUGAAGCUCUCUAUCAGCAAGCCCUGCGGACAUCUAUCCCAGCCAUCUCUGUAAGCGUGAAGGAGAAUUACCUAGACUGGGCCUUCAGGAUGGGCGGCCACAGGAAGGCACGGAAGGUGUUUGCCAGUCUCCACGAGAACAGGCCCUUCUCCCUGGAGUUCUUCAGGAAAAUGAUUGCGAUGGAGAAGGACCAGGAUUGCAGCAACAUGCAGCGCCUGAGGGAAUACUAUGAGCGAGCUCUUCGAGAGUAUGGAUCCACAGACGCAGACCUGUGGCUGGAUUACAUCCGGGAGGAGCAGAGCCACCCCUAUGGGAGAGCUGAGCUGACGGGACAGAUUCACUGGAGAGCCAUGAAGGUCCUGCAGGGAGUGGAGAUGGAGAGGUUUGUGUCCCAAUACACACUGCUGCAGACAGGCCACCUGUAGGUCAUGGCUGCCCCUCCACUCUUCUUCUGCCUUUAGGGAGGGAUGGGAAGCACUCCUUCACCCACCAGUGCCUGUGAUUCCGGCAUCAGGUCAGGAUUCUCCGGAGUCUCCCAGUCCCAGUCUGGAUUCCUACUGGGAGUGUGACCUGUGCGGCGAACUGACGGGGAUCCAGACGUGCUGUGUUUCGGACUAGAGAUGUUGAAUGUGUACUCUGUGAAUAAAGUUCUGGUUGUCAUAUCUUCCAUACACC